AUCUCACAAUUAUUUGAAAGAAAAUAAAAUAAAAGCAAAAUGGAGGGAAAGAGUAUGCUCAAGUUAUCUCAUGUGCUUGCUUUCUUGCUUCUUGCAUCACUUUUUCAAUCACUGAUGGCAAGAGAUUUGAGUGAUGGCAUAGAAGUACUGCAAAUUCUGGAAAAUGAAAUCCAAGAUGUAUUGUGCCCAGGUAAGCAAUCAUGGCCUGAACUUGUUGGGAAGCCAGCAGAAUAUGCUAAGAAAAUAAUUGAGAAGGAAAAUCCCAUAGCUCAUGAUAUUAGUGUUUUAUUUCCUGGUAUGCUUAGGCCAUCUAAUUAUGUUUGUGGUAGAGUUUUUCUGGUUGUUGACUGGGAGGCCAUUGUUAAAAUUACUCCCAUAAUGGGUUAAUUAAUUAUUCUAUGGGAACAUUAUGUCAUUAUGUUAUGAAAAAUAAAUAAAGUGGAGAUACUAAAUAUAGUGUCUUCAUGUACUUUACUAUUUCAAGAUAAAUAAAACUAAUGUUCCUUAUUUUUUUUGUGAUUUUA